UUUCUUGUUUAUGUUCCUUCUCCAGUUUAUGCCCCUUAUACUCUCUCUCACUUUCUCGCUUGUAUACUCUUUCUCCCUCGUGCUCCUGUAUUUCUCUCUCUCUCUCUCUCUCUCUCUCUCUCUCUCUCUCUCUCCCUCUUUCCAUGUCUCUGUCGCUAAGGCAACCAAUGCUUUUCCUCACUCUGACACACUCUGGGUCUCUCUCACUCCCUCCAUCAGCAGCGAGCGGUAAGCAUGUGGACUGAUUGCUGUCUACACACUGGUGAUCUGCAUGUAUUUGCUUGCAUUUGCUUUCAGGAUUGUGUGUGUGUGUGUGUGUGUGUGUGUGUGUGUGUGUGUGUGUGUGUGUGUAGUUUGCAUGAGUGUGUUCUUGUGGGUUUGUGUGUUUUACAUGUUGAAGUGUUAAAAGAUGUCAUCAAAUCUGAAUCCAGUUGUAGAGUUAUUGCCUGGAUCGGAAACUGGAUUGAAGCAGUAGUUGUGUCUACAGCAGCAGCGUCGUUCCCCCCUACAGCCAUCUGUUUACGAUCUUUCAGUAAGUGUCAGGCGCCAGACGCUCCCCCUCUCAUCGUCUUCCUCUUUCAAGAGAUGAUCAGAGGAGCAAAGCACCAGUGAAAAGAGAAGCGAUGGAGCGAUGCUCCAUCUCUGGACUCGCUGCUCUCUUGCGCCUCCUGCUGGUCGCCGUCAUCAUUUGCCCACCUCCUUGCCGCGCGGGCGACGAGCCUGCCGACAUGCAGCUGUCCGCCACACCCCAGGCCACUCCCACUCCGCUCUGGGCGGUCGACUGGGGUCCCACUCAACCGUUGGAGGACGAGACGCAUCAUUUCCCGUCCAGCCAGGAAGCCGAAGGCACGAAGCAUGCCACACCCGGGGUGUGGCCGGGUCGCAGGAACGCCCAAGCCAACCAAACCCAACAGCAGCCACUGUCCGUCGAAGCCAAGGACUCAGGAGAGGAGCCAGAACGAGAUGCGGAGGAACGAGAGACUGAAGAAGUGGAUCCUCAGUUUUAUGUGACCGUGACUAUCUCAUCUCUCCUGAUUCUCUCUGCACUCAUCAUUUCGGCCAAACUCUGUUAUGACCGCAGCCUCUCGCAGCGCCCUCCCCCCCUCUCCCUUGCCAUCCCUCAUUCCCUGGCCCAAGAGGACAGCAGGCACUCUCUUCAGAGCACCCCUUCUUUUCCUGACAGAGAAAGACUUCCCGUGGUCAAUCUUUGAAAAGCUGACUGUUCCAUGCUUGCAAAUCACAUCCUCCAGGCAUGGAAGGCGAAAUAAGAAAACCCUGGGUAAAUAUGAGAACAAACACAAGAACACGUGACCCUCCAUGAAGACGGAGACAUGAAAGAGAACAUGCGUGGACGGAUAAUGGCUAUGACGACUGGGGCUGUAUAGAAACAGGGGCCUGAUUUUCUGGACGGAUGUACAGACACAGGAGCGUACAUUCUUCAGACUCUCUCUUCUUCGUCAGCCAUUUUGAAACCUUUCUUUCACCUGCCGCACAAAUCCACCCGUCCCUGUGCUUAACGCAGCCGUUCCUGAAGGCUGUAAUGAAUCCUACCUGCUUGCCGAGCUGUAACGUCGUCUUUACUAUUGCUUUACGGUGCGGUUUAUUACUCGUCCUGAUUACCCCCACGCCUCUCUUGCACAAACCUGUUGUUGUAUUUCUGACGCCAAGUGUAGCAUUUAUUAAGGUUCAAAGAACAACUGCAUUUCGUGCCAAGUGUGUUAAAUUUAGCCCAAUUUUUCAACGGCUCUGUAGUUCGACUGUUCCGUUUUAUAUAGCUCUCACGUGCUUGGCAACGUGCUGAUGUUUACAACCGUAAAAAGGCCCAUCGACCUCACACUAGACAUCCGAUCCCGAUCUAUAGAAAACGAUGUGUUUGUCAUUAACGUUUACAGAAUUUGUGGAUGCAAGUCAGUGAAUGUGGUCUGACGACUUUAUACAUCGGACUGCGCAACACUAGAGAUCGCCAGUGAUUAGGAUGGAGUGUUGUGAACUGACAGCUUUAUUUACAGUACCAAUCAAAAGUCUUUUUUAAGAGACACAUACAGUAUCUUACAAAAGUGAGUACACCCCUAACAUUUUAGCAACCAUUUUAUUAUAUCUUCUCAAGGGACAAUACUAUAGAAAUGAAACAUGGAUAUAUUUUAGAGUAUUCACCAGAGC